AUAUCGAUUUGUGUGUUCCACAAUUUGGUCUCUCGUCCACCUAACUACCCACCCUCUUCCAUCCUAACUUGUUUUCAUCGGACAAAUCAUGAACCAAUCAGCAAUUACUAUUCACUAUAGUUAUGUUCUUUCCUUCUUAUACUUGUUUCAAAUCCACUUGGCUCUUCAAUCGCAUUCUCCCAACAUGAGUUUUCACUUUUCAACCUUAAUUUUCUAGAUAGAUGCUACUUACCUUUAGGUUGCUCUUGGUGUAGGGGUCUUCCAUGUUACCUAGAAUUUAUUUUUGCAUGAAAUUAGGGUUCUAGUCAAUUUAAGUUUUCCUUGUUGGGUCCGUUUGUAAUCAGUUUGGGGCAGUUUUAGCAUCUCAAGUAUCUUUUCAUUACAUUAAUUUCCAAUAUGGUUGGGACCCUUCCAUUGCAUCCCUCAACAUUCCCUAUGAUUACUCUUCCCAGAAAUUCCUUACAUUGUAUGCUAUACCUUCCACAUGUACCCCGGAGAAAGAUAAACAGGAUGACAGCUACUUCUGCUGAUGCAGGGAAUGUUGAACCAUCAAACAACCCUCUUUCACUAGGUGCCAUUUGGAGGCGAACUAUGCGUCCAUUAACUGAUUUUGGGUUUGGUGGUAGGAGCAUUUGGGAAGGUGGUGUUGGUCUGUUUCUCCUUUCGGGUGCAGUUCUUUUUGCACUUAGUUUGGCAUGGUUGAAGGGUUUCCAAAUCCGAUCUAAGUUCAGCAAGUACACAGCAACAUUUGAGUUUUCUCAGGCUUCUGGUAUUUCUACCGGAACACCAGUCAGGAUCCGAGGGGUCACUGUUGGUGAUGUCAUUCGAGUCAAUCCGUCCUUAAAAAGUAUUGAAGCAAUUGUUGAGAUUGAAGAUGAUAAAACAAUCAUACCACGUAAUUCAUUGGUUGAAGUUAACCAGUCGGGUCUUCUUAUGGAGACCAUAAUUGACAUUACUCCUCGAGAUCCCAUUCCAACACCUUCAGCUGGACCUCUUGACAAGGAAUGUCAUAAAGAAGGUCUCAUUGUGUGUGAUAGAGAAAAGAUUAAGGGUUACCAAGGGGUAAGUCUGGAUGCAUUGGUUGGGAUAUUUACCCGUCUUGGCCGAGAUGUAGAGAAAAUUGGUAUUGCCGACACCUAUUCAUUGGGUGAAAGAGCUGCUUCUGUUAUUGAAGAAGCAAAACCACUACUUACGAAGAUGAAAGUCAUGGCUGAAGAUCUUCAACCUUUGCUGGCUGAUGUCCGUGAUAGUGGUCUGUUGAAGGAAGUUGAGAAUUUAACUCGAAGCCUUACACAAGCUUCUGAUGAUUUGAGAAGGGCACAUUCAUCAAUUAUGACCCCUGAGAACACUGAAGUGAUCCAAAAGUCCAUAUACACUCUCAUAUUCACCCUGAAAAACAUUGAGAAUGUUAGCUCUGAUAUUUUGGGCUUCACAGGUGAUGAAGCUACAAGAAAGAAUUUGAAGCUACUAAUUAAGUCUCUCAGCAGGUUAUUGUGAAGUCAAAUUCCAAUCAUAGUUGGGCAUAAUACAAGUAGUUUAUUUCCAAUGUUUUUCAUCAAUCACAACAUUGAAGGGGAAAACAGUAAUCUGUGACUGUCAUAGUUGAUUCUAAGUUCUGGUAUUUCCUAUGGUUCUUGCUUUGUGUCAUGAUAAAAAUGUAUCUUUCCUGAUUUUGAAUGAAUUGUAGAUGGCUGGUGAUUGCUCUGAGCAUAUCCUUGUUUUUCUGUUUAACUUGUGGUAACUGUUAAUAGUUGUCACUUUUUAGAGGAAUUGCCAACCCCCCUCAAUUAAACUUGACA